AUGUCGGCAGCCGUUUGCCAGGAAAACAUCCGGAAGUGUGACGUGAAAUGCCGAUGGCGUGUUCGCGUGGUCAGAGGAGGCCCAUGCCUUCCGGGCCCGACCGUUACAGGCUCGGAGGGACGUUUGCGACUGGGACGCCUGCCCUUCGCCCGCUUCGCGCCCGGCCUUCGCGCGUACCUCAUGCGAGGUGCGCAGGACGAGGUGGGGCCGAGUCGGCAGACCAGCUGGAGGACUCGGGGAGCGAAGAGUUGGCGCUCCACCUUCGCGCGGCCCGAAGGACCUCUACCUUUUUGCUGCCGGAGAUUUCCUGACAACUGA